AUGGACUCGAACCGUGCGUUUACAAAUGACGGAGAUAAUCAGCACUAUCUCAAGAGAACCAAGAUGGCGUCCAUGGAUGACGAAGAAAGAGGUGUUCUGAGUAUCAAGACAUUUGAGAACAUGGUAGACAAGAUUGAGACUAAAGCUCUAAAAUCUGUUGAGAGUGCCAAGACAAAAGUCAGCGAGAUUCUGAAAAAAGAGAGACAUGCUUCGGUAACAGUAACGAUCGAUUUACUGAAAAUGUUUGCAGCGGUAGCAGCCAUUGCAGUUAUUAGCGGGCUCAUUGUUUAUCAUGUCAGCAAUAAUUGA